UUCAACAGACAGCCGCUUGUCUUCACACUUGAAGACGUCAUUACCUGCACACAUGUGGACAAUCACGGGCUUCUCAAAAUACGUUGCCAUCAAUCGUAGCCAUCUUGUCUUGCAAUAGAGUUCUACUUUUGUUGCAAGAUGGUCUUUGGCAAAAUCCCUGUUUUCCAAAGAAUGGAGUGACGCUGUAAGUCUUUUUUUCUCUCGCUGAUUUUACGUCUAUAUAGCCAUUAGAGCAUAAUACAAGUCAUCCAGUAUCAUUCAAAUGGAUUUCUGGAUAAACCCAGAUUCGUGCGUUGCCGAUUUGUUGCAGAUGACAUUUUGAUCGAGUCCAGGGCUAGAAAGUCGAAUCUUUAGAGUGUUAAAAGGCCUUUAUUAUCACUAUAUACAUUGUCUACCGGAAAUCGAAUUACCUACGCUCUCUAGAUUCACAACCGAAGAAUAUAUUUCAAAGUGAUAGCAGUGGUGCCAGCUCGGAUGACGGAAAAUGAUUUUAACCAAAUCCUUUGAUUGUUUGUUCAACAGUCAAUUUUUAUGAGGAUAAUUAUCUUAUUCGUAUAAUGUUAUUUAAUUUUUACUCUCAACAAAGAUAUUUCAAGAGUGACUUAAAUCUUCUCCAGUGUUUUAUGAGGACGUGAAAUUGACACUUCAGACUCGGACCUUUCGGGGGAUGUUAAUUUCUUUUUGCCCACAAGUGGGUCCUUGAAGUCUUCCGGGCUACCGAACCGUAUGGGGUGUCCCAAAAGGCCACCCAGUGCUCACGAUAACUGUAAAACUUCACAAAAGAGGGAAUAUUUAAACAAGUGGAUAUUGUGUAUCGAUGAAAAGACGGAAAAUUAAUAUAAGGUGUAAUCGUCAAAUACGAAAAGCCGUCACAGAGGUAACGCCGCACGGACUUUUAUAUCUUCAACAAAAGAAAGACGUCGCCCCUUCAGCUGUUUGAAAUCAAAAUUAAGCCGCAUGAGGCAAGGUACAUGUAUAUAUUAGUAACCAGUACAUAGUGUAUAUGGGAAUGGAAAGAUGGAUGGGAAACCUAAGUCCUCGCAUCCCUCUGGCAUUCCAAUCCCACGUCGGAUUCGGAGAAGUGCAUCCCAAACCAUAUCCCCUAGAUUGUCUAGAAGAGACCAAUAUCAAAGUCAGGCACAGGACCAGAGAGAUCAACGCUGGGAAUCUGGCUCCGAAGAAGGGAGGGAGGCCAAGGCUCCAUUGCUGAAACAGCUUCACUACACCCAAAAGAGGCUGCUACAGUCUUCUGAUAGCCUUGGCCUGCAAACAAAAGUUAGAAAAGGAGGUGUUUCUGAAAACGUCCUGAGGCAAUCUGUGUCAUGUGGUAAAUUGGUGACUAAACAACCUCAAGGAUCAGCAGAAACAGAGGGUGACAACCAGAAUGAAGGCAGAUUCUGUACAGACAAUGUCUCUGUGAAGGCUGCCGUGUGCAUGUUUGGUGGUGAGGCCAAAAUAAGAAAACUGCCAACACCAGACAGGACAUUGAAGAAGGAUGUGGAAAGAGCAACUUCUCCACUCACAGAGAGAAAAGACAACACAAACCAGAAAAUGGAUAUAUUAAACGGAAUGGACGACCAGGACAGAGCGAAUGAUAGGGGUUAUACAAUCAGAGGAACCAUAUCACCUCUGCCAGGAAUUCAUGAAAGUCAUAAAGACAAAGGAACUGAAAGUAAGAUCUCUUUUGUUUUUGGUCGACCUUUAUCUCCAGAGAGUAGGUGUAAGUCGCCUCCCUAUGACAAUGAAGUUCCAGCAGUCAGUCACAAAAAUCCUGCUCCUGGAAGAUACAGAGGUCGGCAUGGUAAGCCACCACUAUAUGUACCUCCUAGCAAGUCAGCUAAAGUGCCUUACCUAGCCAUUGUAGGGAUGAACGGGAGCCAGGGACGACAGUGUUGUGACCAGUGUGUGGCCUGUCUAGUGGAUCUGAAGCAACAAGCCCUUCACCUGAUGAACACAGAGGAUGCCCAUAGGAAGACCAUGUCUAAGAAUUUUCCUGUUGAGAGAAUACGAGAGCAGUUGCUAAUCCCAGACAAAUGUAAGCAGUUUCAGCAGGGCCUCUGUAAUGUCUGUGACACGUCUGUUGUCCAGCUAAAGCGAGAAGUGACCGCUAUGGUCCAGAGCAUCCACCAGGCUCAGACUGAGUCACCGAUACACCCAGGUCAUGUCAUCUCUCAGCAGUCCACCAGCAGAUCACCGAAGCAAAAGACACAAGGAAGCCCAGGACCAGGUGGAUCCAACAAUGUUUAUCUGGACCAGCACCACCCGAAGAACCACCACUUCAAAAUUAAUCAAAUGCUGACGUACCAGCAACCCAGUGCCACUGGAACAAAGUCAGUCCCUGAAAACCUGUCCCAAAUAAUGGAGAACUCCAUCUUGUAUUCUGGAUCACCACAUUCAGUGAAUGCCAACCAAGUACGGCAAAAUUUGCAGUCAAACUCUGUACAUGACAUGGAAACUGGACAAUAUUCUAUGCAAUCUGGAUUUAACCCUCACCAUAUGCAGCAGUACCCUCGAGGUGUUGUUUCCUCGCAAAGUUACCCCAGUCACCAUGGCCAGUCAUAUAGUGUUCUACCAGUGACAUCAGGUUCCCCAUAUAGGGGACAAAAUUUUGGAGCUUCCUAUCAUACGAACCAUACUGGUUCAGGAUACCCAGAUGCAGUGCAAAGUCCACAGUAUUCACAUUUACAGUAUUCAGUGACAGGGACAAAUUAUGGCUCACCAGUGAUGAAUUAUUCUGUGCCUUCUAUGUCUCCAAUCCCCCAUCACUCACGAGCAAUGUCGCCACCACAAGCUGUGUCUCCUGCAUCCCACCACUCGCGAGCAAUGUCGCCACCGCAAGCUGUGUCUCCUGCACCCCACCACUCACGAGCAAUGUCGCCACCACAAGCUGUGUCUCCUGCACCCCACUACUCGCGAGCAAUGUCGCCACCACAAGCUAUGUCUCCUGCACCCCACCACUCGCGAGCAAUGUCGCCACCACAAGCUAUGUCACCACCAUAUGCCAUGUCACCACCUCCUUUUUCCAGGGUAUCCUCCCCUGGUUCAGUGACCAGCCAGCAAUCUGCAGCAGCUUCUUUCUUUGCAAGGGCUGCUCAAAAACUUGGAAAGAAAAAGAAGAAGCAUCAACAUCAGGAACCUGAUCUACCACUGUACCCUACCAAGUUUAGUGAGGUCAUCAAGAACUCUCCACCCCCAGCCCCACCAUGUCUUCUGAGAGCUGCUGGACGUCUUCAGCAACCAGGAAUAGGAAAGGUCAAGGUCAUGUUGAGGAUCUGCACUGAAGGAUCUCAUUCUGACCAAGCACAGUCUUGUUUAUCCAUUGAUCCCAGGAAAAAACAGGUUACAGUAUUUGACCCUUCGACAGUUGGAGUCACAACUUCAUCUCACCGUAGAACAACACCUGUGGCCCCUAAGAUGUUUGCCUUUGAUGCAGUAUUUUCACCUGAUGACUCCCAGACUGAAAUUUGCUCUAGCAGCCUGACAGAAAUUAUCCAAGGUGUUGUUAAUGGAGCUGAUGGCUGCCUUUUUUCCUAUGGAUAUUCUAGACUAGGUAAAUCCUACACCAUGAUGGGGAAGGAUGCAUCUUCCCAAACUCUAGGAAUUAUGCCCUGUGCCAUUGCUUGGCUGUUUCGCCUCAUUGAUGAACAGAAGGAAAAGACAGGGGCCAGAUUCUCUGUCCGGGUUUCAGCAGUAGAAGUAUCAGGGAAGAGCGAACAGCUGAAAGAUCUGUUAGCUGAAGUUGCAAAAUACACAGAAGCAGGAGUGGGAACAGCCCCAGGUGUCUAUUUGAGAGAGGACCCUAUCUGUGGGACUCAGCUAGAGAACCAGAGUGAACUACGGGCACCUUCUGCAGAUAGAGCUGCCUACUAUCUGGACGCUGCUCUGGCUUCUAGAGCGCAAGAAGAUGAAGAGUUGAGGUCCUCACACAUUGUGUUCACCCUCCAUGUAUAUCAAUACAGGAUAGAGAAGGCCAAUCAAGCAGGACUUCCUGGAGUGGCUGGUGGUAGAAGCCGUCUUCAUUUAAUUGACCUUGGCAGUUCCUCAAAAUCCAAAGGUCCUGACAAUGUUUCACUUAGCCUUUCUGCACUGGGGAAUGUUAUUAUGGCACUGCUUAAUGGCCAAAGACAUGUUCCUCACAGAGACAGCAAAGUGGCCCAGCUGUUGAGGGAUUCUCUUGGAGGAAUUUCAUGUCGUACUUGUAUGCUUGUACAUGUUUCUUCUGCUGCAAGUCACCACAACGAAACCUUACAAGUCAUUCAGUUAGGAGCAAGGAUUCACAGAAUGAGAAGGAGAAAAACAAAGUUUUCAAGUACCAGUUCUGAUGACAGUUCCACAGACGAUGGACGACUUCGACGACCUUUCAAGGGCUGCAGAAUGGGAACCCUUAGAGAAGACUUGUUAUAUCAUUCUUCUCAUUCAGAUCCUGACUAUUAUACUUCCAGCAGUGAACAGUCAUGCGAUACUGCUAUAUAUGUGGGUGGUAAUGGACAGUCUCUUAGUGACCGUGAAAUCACUGACAAUGAAGGACCACCAAGGUCAGUUCCAAGGACAAACCCAAGAUUACCAAGAAGACCAAGUGGGUCGAGGUCAUCUGGAGAUGAAGGAUCCAACUCGGACAGUGGAAGAAGUCGAGCCUCUUCAGAUUUUAGAUAUGGAAGAGCUGCUUUAAUUCAAAAACAAAAUUUUAAUGUGAACAGGACAAUAUCAGUAAGAAACCAACCACAGUCUGUGAAAACAGCAUCAGUAGUAAGGGAUGUCAGUGUUGUACCAACUCAAACAAUGUCACCACCAGUGUCACCAGGCAUAGGGCAGGUUCAACAUCCUCUCAAAACUUCAACACGUUCUAGAUCACAAGACUCACCCCAAAGGCUAACAGUGAAAGGAACUCCAUCUGAGCAGUUUAAAGGAGAACAGUGGAUUGAUGGCCCAGGUGUGUAUUCAAAAAGCAAAAUCGUGGAGGAGCAAUGGAUUGAUGGACCUCAAGCUUUUGUCAAACAGGAACUCAUUAACACACUGGAUCCAGCAAAUAAGCAUUUAUUUAAUCCCAAAAUGAAUGCUGAAGAGCAAUGGGUAGAUGGACCUAAAGAAAUGAUAGCAGGAUCUCAACCACUAAAUAGAGAGGGAAAAGUCAGUCAUUCAAAAGUGACUGUGCACAAUAGUUGUAAAGUUGAAAAACAUUUGAAACACAAAUCCAAAUCAGUGCUAGAAAUGAAAGAUCGUCCUAAUAGUACUCUCAGUGAAGAAAGCAACUCUUCAAUGGCCGUGCAGGGUCCAGAUUCAAGACCAGUCAGUGCACAUGAAUCGGAUGAAAAAGUUGAUGCAAACCAGCAAAAUGUGAAGCCUUUUGUGCGGGACUGGGUACAGAAACAUAGUGCAAUUAUUGACAGUAAUAGUUCUCCAAAGAGGGAGGAGCGUUCUGAAAACUUGGAAACAUCAUGCAAGCACAAAAAGCCAAAGGCAGAGGCUCAUCGUAAACUCAGUGCCUCAACACCCAAACAGUCUCCCAUAAAUUCACCAUCAGUUCCAAGAAAAACCAAAUGUGACUCACAAGCUAUUGGAAAAUUACAGAAAUCUCACUUACCAACACCAUCCAAUCCCACAAAACGUGUCAAAGACUGGAUACAAUCUGUAUCUAUUGAACAGGCCCAAUCAAACUGUGACAAUUUUGUCUCUGUUAGUGAUUUUAGUAGCGACCUCCCUGUGAGAAUGUCUGAAUUGAAUACUUCUCAGGAUGUGUCAUCUUGCAGUAGCAUUCAGGUAGAUACUACCAUGGAGGUAGACUCUCAAUGUGAAAUUACCAUGAACACAGCUCCUUGCAGCAGCGACGGCCGACCAGACGAAUUGGCUGAAUGCAAUAUUGGUGACAUUAGUUUCGAUAGUAGUGUUGAUGCUGCUGAAACCACUAAUUCACUCAAACGGGAAUCUAUUUAUGAAAUGCAGAUGGAUGCACAACUAGAAAAGAGUGAUUUGAAAAAUGUUGACAUCCCAGACAAUGAUACAUUUAGUACAGUUAGCAAAGAUGAGGACUCCGAUUGUGAAAAUGAGCCCCUCCUUGCUAAAGAAUACUGUUUUCCACAUUCAUUAACUGCUGAAAGUUUGAAAACCCUUGUUGCAGAACCAUUUGGUGUUGAUCAACAAAAAUUGAAUCAAGGUCAGUCGUGUCAAAGUUGCGAGAACGAUACAGUUGUCCAAGAGAGCUUUUUCAUUUAUGAUAAAGCUAAACCAUUAUCUUCUUUAUAUCGCAAACCCGAUGGUGCUUCAAAUCCAAAUUUAGUCAAUGAACUUGAUUAUGAAGGAAAAACCAAUAUGAAUUUCGUAAGGGGGGAAUACAUCAUCAAUCAAGUGCAACAGAUAUCUAGUCAGAAUAUGGAUAUUUACCAGAAAGCUACCUCAGUUCUGAAGCAUGAGGAAUCUGAUAUUCGAAAAUCCAAGUCAAAACCUCCUCUUCCAAAAUCCUCUUGUAAAUCUCAUAGUGCUAGUCCAUCACGCAGCAAAGAUAUCAGUCUCAGUCCAAAGUCCACUAGCUCAUAUUCAAGUAAGACAUCUUCACCAGGAGGUCAUGUCAGUCGUUCCAAAGAGAAGUCUCGUCAAAUGUCAACAUCCUCAAUGUCUUCGCAGUCCUCUCUUCCAGUCACCAGCAGUCCAUCCUCAAAAUCUUCCAAGUCUCCAUCACCUAGUAAACUUCCAAUUUUCUCCAGCAAAACAUCUCGCAGAAAAGACAAGGAAUUUAAAGUUAGCAAUGGCCGUGUUGUAGAGCUAAACACCUCCAAUAGGGGAACAGACUCUGACAGUGGUAAUGACAGUGGUAUUGUUGCACAUGAAAAGAAAUUACUUUCUCCAUACAGCACUGUUACAAAGCCACGAACCCCAAGCCAUUCCAGUAGUGGACAUGGGAGUGAUAACAGCAGCACAGUCAGUGCUGAUCUGCGAUCCCAGCUGGGAAUCAAGGACAAACUUCACGGAGGGACCAGCAGUGGAUAUGAAAGCAUGUUAAGAGACAGUGAAGAGGCAUCAGCAACAUCCUCUACACAGGAAGACAGCAACAGCGAGUCGCCAAAUGACAAAAAGAAGGGAUCUAAAAGGAAGAAGUCGAGUACUAAACGAAGUCGCUCAGCACCAGCUAGGUCUAGUGACAGUCCUGAUGGAAUUGGGUCAGUGAUAUCAAGUCCAUCAUCAAAGGCAUGGGUAGACACAAGACAGAUACAGAGGAUCAAAGAAGAGCCAUUUGAAAUAAAGUUAUAUGAUAUGGACGAUGUUGAGCGGCUUGCUAGGAGACGAAACGAAGAAGAGAAUAUCGAGAUAAAAAUGGAAAGGGUGACGAAGCAAGGCAAGCCACUUGAACUAAUUGACCACAAAGAUCAGAUUGUGAUGGAAGACCGCAAUUGGAGAUUUGACUGUCGCUUUUUCAUGUGUUUUUGUCGCAGUAAACAGAAACAAACCGAUGUGUAGCUUGUUAAACCUUGCCAAAAUUCAUCCUUUAAUUCAUUUAACUGCCAAAGUUUUCCAAGUGCAUUAUAAUAGAAGUUCAAAUGAUAUGCAUUUGUUUGUCAGGAUUUUAUUUGAAUGUCAUUAUACACUGUACAUUUUGUAAAUACAGUUUAUUUAUACAUAUAGUGUAUUUAAUAUGCACAUGAAAUGUAAGAUUUUGUACAUUUAUAAUAUUUAUAUGCAGUGAAAUAUAUGCAGUUUCCCUUUCAUAUAGUUUAUGCAUGGUAGACUUUGGGAAUACGAAAAAUGACAUGCAUGAUAUAUACAAACUUGUAUAUCAUCGUACUGUGGUAAUAAAUAUAUUUGUACCAA